CUACUAUCUCAGAAACCCCAAUCUCACAUCUCCUUAGUUCAUUACCGAGCACACACACACACACACACACACACACACACACACACACACACACACACACACACACACACACACACACACACAAACACACAAAACUCAAAACUCAAAAGACUACUCAGCUAUUUGAAGAAGGAAAAGAAACAUGCCCCCUAAACCAAUCAACUCGCCCCGGCUGCACCCCAAGAAGGUCGACGGGUUCGUGCGCCGUGACGACGCCCUGAUCGACGACGACGAGGAGGCGUGGAAGUCGCAGGAGGAACACGAUAAAGAGACUGGGGGGCUGGCGUUCGACGCACCGAGACGUCUUACGGCGAAACAUAUCACUCAUCAGCUGGUGAUGGAUCCGGAGCUGCGUUUUUAUGCGGAUUGUUACGGGAUGACGGGGCAUUGAACCCUUUUUUUUUGUGUGCUUGAAGGGGCUGGCUCUAAGGUGAUGUGGUGUUUGGGGGUGAAGUAGCUUGCGUUCUAUUACAUGUUGGGGAUGGAUUCGUCAUUUCUUUUCAAGUUGCUAUUGUUGCUGUGAUGAAGUAUUGUCUAAGACAUGGUAGAUAUGGUAUUGUAUGUGUAGAGUUGAGUGGGUGGAAUGGUGGAUAGAUCUAAAUUUAUUUGUCUAAUUCCGAUGGUAGUUCAAUA